UGCCGAUAUAAACAAACUCUAUACACCGCACCGCUCGGCAGAGGAAAAGAAGGCUGGCUCUAUUUAUUGGCGUACGUAAAUUCUUCAUCAGUGCAGCGAAAAACGAGACUUAUCAUGAAUUCUUCCACCUCCGCUGGUGGUGAGAAGGCGGAAAAUGUGCCUGGCCGAAAGCGGCAGCUGCGCCAAACUGUGCUGGGAAUGCUGAAAAAGGUGGACAUAAAAAACAAAGGCUUGAAACGUUUCUUCUACUUCACGUACGAAGCAGAACCAGCCACCGCGGUGAAGCAGGAAAGUGUGAAAAAGCUCUACUUCAGCAAUGGAGAAAUCUGCGAGGGAGAUGAACAUUUUCUACAGCACAUGAAAAAAAGCGUCUUCGUGAGCAAUAUUCCAGGUGGCACGAAGAAAUCGGAGAUCUACCAGCUGUUUCAGCGUUUCGGCACGGUGCUUUCGAUCGAGUUGCGUACCCGCGGAGGCAGGACAAUAAUGGGCCGCCAGACACAGUACCCGUUCGAGGCCGGACCGUACCUUUGCAGCACGAUCGAGUUCGAUACGCCAGACAGUGCCAAGAAUGCGUGUGACGUUAAAACGGAAACCACCUACGUUGCCAAACCGAUCGUCAAUCCCUCGUUGCUGGGCACCGAAAACUGUGUGUAUGUUGAAAACAUACCGAUCUCAACGACCCGCCAAGAGCUGUGGCAACACUUCAAGGCGUUCGGAGCGAUCCGAUCGAUACGGAUGGAGUUUCCGGACGGAACGCUGGUGCUCACCGAUGCCGAGUACGCACAGCUUCGCUCGGUCAGCUGUCACAUUCGCUUCCGGCGGCGAGCCGAGGCGCGGGCCGCAGCGAAAAGCCUCAACCGCAGCAUGUUCAAGGAGCGGCAUAUCUCCGUACAGAUGGCCUAUCAAAAGUACUGUAAUCCGGACGAACUGUCCAACAAUGCGCUACGAAUCUUCUUUCAACCGUUUGGCGAUGUGGUGUCGCUCGAUCAAAUCCCGCACCAACGGGCCGGGUACGUGUGCUUCAAGCCCCCGGUCCCGGUCGAUAUGAUCAAGCGGGCGAAUCAGCAAACAUUCCGCAACCGGCGUAUAACGAUCGAAAAGCUCGACCUGCCCGGCGCUCCGAAGGAUGGUGGUAAAGCGAUGAAAGCGGUCGGUAAUGGGAAGAAUGGACGGGAAAGCACCAACCAACCUGGCAAUGGUAGCAGCAGCAGCGGCAGCAGCAGUAAUAACCGCGAGGGAACCGCAACCGGUACGGUUGCUUCCGGGAAAACCGCUUCCAACAACGCAGCAACCCAUCAGCUUAAGCUCGGUCGUAAGAUCGCUCGUAAAGGGCUUCCGGUCGGACGCAAACCGCUGGCAAAGAAGGUAGCCGGCGGAGAACUGACGAAAGGCGAUGCCGGAAAGGCGGGCAGCAAAACGGCUUCGUCCGAGAAUGCGAAAGAAAACCGUGCCACUUCGUAGACGCGAUCGAAGAAUAACCUCUUCCCACAGGCUACCACCACCACUACGAUGGAGAGACAGGCCUGUGUGUGUGCGUGUGCCCCCUCGAAUAGUGUAAAAUAAAAUGUUUUAUUUAAAUUCCCA